AUGCCCUCGCCCUCACCGAGACAGGAGACGGUGAGCCUGUCGUUUGACAAGGCGCCGCAGCUUGCCGCGUUGCAGUCGUCCGCCCGGCCACGCAACCACGUCCGCAGCAUCUCGAUUGAGCCAAGGAUCCACGCCCAGAGUGUCUUUGACCGUAGGGCUCGCGACCGCGCCGGCUUCCUGUCGCCGCAGGAGAAGAUGGAGCUCGAGCUGGAGCGCGAGGCCGUCCUGCAGAUCCAGAACGCCCAGGCCGCCAAGCGACGCCCCAAGAUCAUGCGACUCACCCCUGCCUUUCCCAACUCGCGCAAGGCCGAUGCUGGCGCCAAGUCGCCCAGUCCGCCUUCGAGCGCGGCCUCGUCGAUCGUCACGGCGAGCGAGGAGGAGCUUGCCACGCCACCGGGAGCCAAGAUCCCAUUCCCUGUCGCCAAGGCGCCCACCUCUGGCGGUCUCGCCAUGCCCUCGACAGCUCCGCCGCUCCACCCCGCAUCUCGCAAGGCACUGGCCCUCAAGGCAAACAGCCCCGGACCUGAGGUCAGCGGCCUUCACAUCGACAUCGCGUGCAUCCCGACGCCCAGCGUUCUGGACCAGCACGCCGCCGCGUCGACGUCGACCCUCCCCGAGCUCAUCCGCAAGAAGUCGGGUGAGCCCGUCAAGUCGUCGUUGAAGCAGUACCCCUCGUCGGCGCUCUUCAACUCCAGGGCCUCGAGCGACGCUUCGAUCCCAAGCGCCACCUUUGCGCGCGCCAAGAGCGUCCCAUCGACGCCCAACGUCCCCAAGGCGGUACACUUCGACAGCCAGCUCGAGCACAUCAAGAUCUUCCGCGUCAAGGGCCGCCCCACGGCCGUCUCGCGCGAAGGUAGCCCCGAGCAGACCGAGACCGAGACCGAAGAGGAGCGCGAGUACCCGUUCUUCGGCCAGCGCCGCGGCCUCCCGAACAGGCAGGGCUCCGGGGCCAAGACGCCCUCGCCCACGGCGACGCCCCCAGUCGAGAUGGAGGAGCAGCUGCUGCUUCGCCUUCCCAACUUUCCCUCGUCGGCGCGGCUCUCGGUCGACCGCGAUAUCUUUCUCGAGCGCGUCUACCUCUCCGACGACCUUCGCUCCGUCAAGGGUACCGUCCAGGUCCGCAACCUCAGCUUCGAAAAAUGGGUCGCGGUCCGCUUCACGUUGGACCACUGGGCCACCGUCAGCGAGGUGUCGGCCGAGUACUCGGAGAGCAUCAAGGAUGGCGAUGCGGACCGCUUCGUCUUUUCCAUCAAACUCAACGAGCUCCUCAAUUGGCCGCGCGGUGCCGGUCUCCAGGACACCAAGACGAUGUUUGUCUGCCUCCGCUACACCGUCAACGGUCGAGAGAUCUGGGACAACAACGACGGCGCCAACUACCAGCUCGACUUCCGCAAGCGCCAGCUCCCUGCGCAGGUGGCGAGCUAUCCGCCCGCGGGUGAGGUGGCCAAGACGGCGAGCGCCAACGGCGGCACCCUCCCGCGCCGCUACACGACUGGGGCCACCGCACCGCCCACUUCGCGCAUCAUCGAGAUGGGCAGGCGCUCGGGCGUCCACGGCCAGAGGACCAAGGGCGACACGGUCAUGGAGCAGCUGAGGCGUGAGCUUGACCGGCUGCGGUCGGACGAGGAGGACCACGACGGCGCUGUUCCGACUUCGGGCAGCUUCAUCCAAGAGGUCACCAAGCGGCGUUCGCCGCCCGUCUCGCCCGGCGGCUCCAACCAGCGGGCAGCGUCUCCGUCCGUGUGGACUGCACGUUACGACUUCGGGGCAUCGCUUCGCAACCCGAAGAGCGGCAGCCGCACUACCGACGCCGGCCGUGCCGCCGCGCUCGACUACUUCUCUUCCAGGCCGCCGCCGUCGGCCACGAGCCCGAUCCGCUCGACCUUUGUCGUCAGCGCGGCGUCGCCCACGGGCUCCAACUCGGGCUCCAACCCCGGCUCGAGCGGGUCCACGCCGCGUAUCACGCCCAACCCGUCGCCCAACUUCCAGCACAAGUUCGGCAUGCUCAGCCCUGGCCUCGACCAUGGCGUCGUCCAGCACCAGCCCGCGUCGACGUACGCCAACACGUCGCCGUCGGGCAACACGCUGACGGUGCCGGAGCCCGUGUCGUCGUCGUCGUCGCACCGCUUCUACUCGUUCCCGCCCAACCGCAGCACCUACUCGCCCGGAGGCAGCUGGGCACCAGACGCCAAGAACGAUGAUGGUCCCGGCGAUCGUUCGCCCUCGCCUCGCCACCUCGGCUCAGUGAUGGUCAAGCCCGAUGGCCUGGUGCUCGAGGACUACACGCCCGACGGCAGCCAGGCGUCGCCAACAUCUCUGACCGGCUCGCCGAAUCCGUUCUCGCCGGCCAUGUCGGUCUCGUCGAUCGAGUCGGACACGACCGUGGGCAUGGUCUCGUCGGACGACGCGCGCAAGUCGCUUGCCGAUAGCUUGGACCGCCUCAGCCAGAUGCCAUCUUCGCGCUUCCUGCGCGACGACGCGCUGACGCCCGGUCCGAGGCCCUCAUCGUUCGCCGCCGGCGACACGCCUGAGUCGCACGGCUACUCGCCCUCGCUGCCUUCGAGCACGCACAGUCCUUCGUCCGAGAUCAUGACUCCAGACGACCUGAUUCGUCCGACGAGCAUGGCCAGCUUCAACGAGCUGGUCGCCCGCUUCUGCUGGAACAGCGACAACCAGCUACCCACCGCAAGCAGCGACCUGCACGCCCUUGGCAGCCCCUCGAGCCCAACCGACGCCUCCGGCAGGUCGACUCCCACAGCCGUUGCUGGGCCCCUGAUGUGA